AUGAAGCCAUGGAGCAUGCGAACCCGCAACCAACUCGAAAGGAGCCAAAUGAGCCACAGAGAAAGUUUGAUCGCACUAGAACUACUCGAAGAUCUGGCGAUCCCAUUAGAAGAACUCUCGAUGACCACCAAAUCCGAUCCAGAACAAGAAAACGGCGCAGGAUCGGGGAUAAGAGACUUGCUGCAUCGUCCCGAAUUUCAGUCGAUCCUAUCAAAACACUCUUCCUCAAAUAAAUCCCUCUCAAGGCACCGGCCCGAUCAACUCUCAUCUGAGGAUCUCCGCAUCGAGGAUAUCCUCAAAGAACUCUCCGACUCGCUCAUCCAGAAGAUCGACAGCAUGGAGACAGACUUCGAAUUGCUCGGCUGGCUCGAUCAACAUGUCUUUUCUCAAUCCCGAUCGCCCUCACCCUCAGAAUCCUUGGUUGAGGAAAGCUCACCAUCCAGCAGUCCAACAACAACCCCUCCGGAUCAGGAUCCCACACCGAAACUCGGGCAAGUCUUCGAGAAUCUUGAUGCCCAUCCACCCAUUCCCACCGAAUUCGAACUGGACAUGAAUUUCGACCAGGAUCCAGAGACGAUGCUCUCCAGUCAGCCAGUUUGUUUCACUCCACUCUUCUCGCCGAUCCUCCUACACCUCCUCAAAACCUUCUCGAGUCGGUUCAAGAACCCCCAUCUGGCAUUGUAUCUUUUCGACUGGGCCCGAUCCCACUCGGAUCCGUUUGUCAAAUAUUUCGGAUUGACCAGAGAUGUGUACUUUGAGAGCUUGCAGAUCAAAUGGAAAGUCUUCCGCGACUUCCGAGGAAUCCAAAACGAUAUGUUGGAGAUGAAGGCCCUCGGCUUGGAGUUCGACGAUCGGUUCAAGAGGCUCGUUCAACUCAUCACCCAAGUCGUCUUAGAUGAUGAAAUCCAGGCCGAGUCUCGUCUUCUUGAGUCCACUACUUCUCCACCAGAUCCUUCAAAACCCCAUCAAAAUCUCGAUCGGCUUCGGAGAAUAUCCGCUGUCGAGCGGCACUAUGUCUCCCAAAUCGAAUCUCUGCUCAACGAGUUCAUCGAAUCUCAAAACCAAGCCUUCACUCACAAAUUCCGUGUCCCCUCUCCUUCCCAGCAUCAAUCUUAA